UCAGGUGGCUCCAAAGACAGGCAAAGAGUACCCACCCAGCUAUGAAGAGGCUACUGCAGGUAAUAACAAAACAUCUAUGUAUCUCAACUAGUCAGUUGCACAGGAAUAUCUCAUUCCCUUUAUCAAUGGGCACCUUUAUGGCUACAUUAUGCAGUGGUCUUCUUCUUCUACAGUACCAGUCAAAAGUUUGAACACGCCUACUCAUUCAAGGGUUUUUCUUUAAUUGUACUAUUUUUUACAUUGUAGAAUAAUAGUGAAGACAUCAAAACUAUGAAAUAACACAUAUGGAAUCAUGUAGUAACCAAAAAAGUGUUAAACAAAUCAAAAUACAUGAUAUAUUUGAGAUUCUUCAAAUAGCCACCCUUUGCCUUGAUGACAGCUUUGCACACUCUUGGCAUUCUCUCAACCAGCUUCAUGAGGUAGUCACCUGGAAUGCAUUUCAAUUAACAGGUGUGCCUUCUUAAAAGUUAAUUUGUGGAAUUUAUUUCCUUCUUAAUGCAUUUGAGCCUAUCAGUUGUGUUGUGACAAGGUAGGUGGGUAUACAGAAGAUAGCCCUAUCUUUGAGAAACAGACGCCUCACAGGUCCUCAACUGGCAGCUUCAUUAAAUAGUACCCGCAAAACACCAGUCUCAAAGUCAACAGUGAAGAGGCGACUCCGGGUUGCUGACCUAGGCAGAGUUGCAAAGAAAAAGCCAUAUCUCAGACUGGCCAAUAAAAAGAAAAGAUUAAGAUGGGCAAAAGAAUACAGACACUGGACUUUUUCUUUGCAACUCUGCCUAGGCCAGCAUUCCGAAGUCGCCUCUUCACUGUUGACGUUGAGACUGGUGUUUUGCGGGUACUAUUUAAUGAAGCUGCCAGUUGAGGACCUGUGAGGCGUCUGUUUCUCAAACUAGACACUCCAAUGUAUUUGUCCUCUUGCUCAGUUGUGCACCGGGGCCUCCCACUCCUCUUUCUAUUCUGGUUAGAGCCAGUUUGCGUAGUACACAGGGUUGUACGAGAUCUUCAGUUUCUUGGCAAUUUCUCGCAUGGAAUAGCCUUCAUUUCUCAAAACAAGAAUAGACUGACGAGUUUCAGAAGAAAGUUAUUUGUUUCUGGCCAUUUUGAUCCUGUAAUCGAACCCACAAUUGCUGAUGCUCCAGAUACUCAACUAGUCUCAAAAAGGCCAGUUUUAUUGCUUCUUUAAUCAGCACAACAGUUUUCAGCUGUGCUAACAUAAUUGCAAAAGGGUUUUCUAAUGAUCAAUUAGUCUUUUAAAAUGAUAAACUUGGAUUAGCAAACACAAUGUGCCAUUGGAACACAGGACUGAUGGUUGCUGAUAAUGGGCCUCUGUACGCCUAUGUAGAUAUUCCAUAAAAGAAAUCAGCCGUUUCCAGCUACAAUAGCCAUUUACAACAUUAACAAUGUCUACACUGUAUUUCUGAUCAAUUUGAUGUUAUUUUAAUGGACAAAAAAAAUGCUUUUCUUUCGAAAAGAAGGACAUUUCUAAGUGACCCCAAACUUUUGAACAGUAGUGUGUGUGUGUGUGUGUGUGUGUGUGUGUGUGUGUGUGUGUGUGUGUGUGUGUGUGUGUGUGUGUGUGUGUGUGUGUGUGUGUGUGUGUGUGUGUGUGUGUGUGUGUGUGUGUGUGUGUGUGUAUGUAUGUAUGUAUGUAUGUAUGUAUAUAUAAAUAUAUAUAUACUAUAUGACAUAAUACAGAACUGUGAUGAGUGUGAUAGGAGUCAGGCGCAGGAGGGUAAUAUCCGAAUGCAGAGUUUAUUCCGUCGUACACAAAUAGCGCUGGAUAGCGACAAACGAAACAGGCACAGGGGAAAUAUCUACCCCGGCAAUAACAAGGUACGAGUAGCUCCACCGAGCUCCACUACUCUCACAAAUAAACAAUCACCCACAAGGACAAGGGGAGCAGAGGGAACACUUAUACACAGACUAAGAGGGAACACUUAUACACGGACUAAUGAGGGGAUAAGAACCAGGUGUGUGUGAUUGACAAGACAAGACAAAUGGAAUGAUGAAUAAUGGAGCGGCAGUGGCUAGUAAGCCGGUGACGACGAACGCCGAAGCCUGCCCGAACAAGGAGGGGAGGCAGCCUCGGCGGAAGUCGUGACAGUACCCCUGCCUUGACGCGCAGCUCCAGCAGCACGCUGACCCCGGCCUCGGGACGGCCAGGAGGACGUGGAGCAGGGUGAGCCGGAUGGUGACGGUGGAAAUCCGGCAACAGGGAAGGAUCGAGGGUAUCCUUCACCGGGACCCAGCACCGUUCCUCCGGACCGUACCCCUCCCACUCCACGAGGUACUGAAGGCCCCCUGAAUGAGAGUGGGUGUUCGAUACCUGGGGUGAUGCGAGAGUGCCCUGCCUGCCGCCUCCAGGCCCAAAAGAGCGUUGACUACGACGUGUGGUGUACUGUCCCUUCGUGCCACCAGAGUGGCACUGUCGCUGUCGUCCUCCGCUCUCUCGGACGGCGGCUCCACCCAGCUCCAUCAGCUCAGGAUCCGAGUCGUCCGGGGUGGAAACGGGCAUACCCCUACCAGGACGUCCUCUGGCUGCCAGCAGAUUGUCCAAACCGAUGGCCAUGUCCACCAGUUUCGCGAAAGACAACAUGCUGUCCCGGCAGGCUAGCUCCCGUCGGAAGUCCUCCCGCAGAUGGCACCGGAAAUGGUCGAUCAGGGCCCGCUCGUUCCACCCGGACCCCGCUGCCAGAGUCCGAAACUCCAACACGAAGUCCUGCACGGUCCUCGUCCCCUGCCUCAGGUGGACCAGCCACUCGCUCACCUCUCGACCCUCGGGCGGAUGAUCGAAGACCGCCCGAAAAAGGCGAGCGAACUCCCCGUAGUCCUCCAACGCGGCUCCUCCUUCGUUCCAAACCGCGUUGGCCCACUCCAGGGCUUUCCCCGAGAGGCAGGAAACGAGGACGGACACCUUCUCCCGCUCCAAUGGCGUCGGCCUGAUGCUGGAGAAGUAAAGCUCCUGUUGGAGGAGGAAUCCUUGGCAGAGCACCGCCGUCCCGUCGAACGCCCGUGGUCGGGAUAUCUGGAUCCCUCUGGGUGCUGGGGUGUAGGUGGCUGGAUCCGGUUGGCCAGCUGGUCUCGACAGAUCUGGUCCUCUCCUCUCCAGGCGUUGCAUGACCUGAAGAACCCGAUCCAUCGCUUCCCCCAAGCUGGCCAGCAUUGUGGAAUGCUCCUGGACCUGUGCCACGACUCCAGGCAUGCGCUCUUCUCCCGCUGACUCCAUAGCGGGUGGGUGAUUCUGUGAUGAGUGUGAUAGAAGGAGUCAGGUGCAGGAGGGUAAUAUCCGAAUGUACGAAUCCGUUGUAAACAAAUAGCGCUGGAUAGCGACAAACGAAACAGGCACAGGGGAAAUAUCUACCCCAGCAAUAACAAGGUACGAGUAGCUCCACCGAGCUACACUACUCUCACAAAUAAACAAUCACCCACAAGGACAAGGGCGGCAGAGGGAACACUUAUACACAGACUAAUGAGGGGAUAAGAACCAGGUGUGUGUGAUUGACAAGACAAGAAUAGUGGAAUAAUGGAGCGGCAGUGGCUAGUAAGCCGGUGACGACGAACGCCGAAGCCUGCCCGAACAAGGAGGGGAGGCAGCCUCGGCAGAAGAUACACUAUUUAAGAGCUCUUUAAGUAAGGGCCAGGUAUUACCUCAGCCUAAAUAAAGUAAGGUGAGGUACAGGUAAUCUCGGCACCUAGAACCGAAUCUUGUGUGCUCGCUGCCCAGCUACUCAAUUGAAUGGUAAACAGUCUGUCACGACAUGAGACGUAUCCUCUUUUAUUGAUCACAGAAGAGCCAGGAUCGUUUGAGAAGAAGACCGAAAUGAAAGAAGCUCUUAAAUUCUAAGGUUGAGGGAGAUUGAGCUGAGUGUAAAGAGACAACAGUCCCAUGUGGUCCAAAUGAGAAAUAGACAGAUUGAGAGACAGACGGUUAGACAGAUAGAAUGUCUUCACUAUUAUUCUACAGUGUAGAAAAUAGUGAAAAUAAAGAAAAACCUUUGAAUGAGUAGGUGUGUCCUAACUUUUGACUGGUAGUGUACAGUCGUGGUCAAAAGUUUUGAGAAUGACACAAAUAUUAAUUUUCACAAAGUCGGCUGCCUCAGUUUUUAUGAUGGCAAUUUGCAUAUACUCCAGAAUGUUAUGAAGAGUGAUCAGAUGAAUUGCAAUUAAUUGCAAAGUCCCUCUUUGCCAUGAAAAUUAACUUAAUCCCCCAAAAACAUUUCCACUGCAUUUCAGCCCUGCCACAAAAGGACCAGCUGACAUCAUGUCAGUGAUUCUCUCGUUAACACAGGUGAGAGUGUUGACGAGGACAAGGCUGGAGAUCACUCUAUCAUGCUGAUUGAGUUAGAAUAACAGACUGGAAGCUUUAAAAGGAGGGUGGUGCUUGAAAUCAUUGUUCUUCCUCAGUUAACCAUGGUUACCUGCAAGGAAACACGUGCCGUCAUCAUUGCUUUGCACAAAAAGGGCUUCACAGGCAAGGAUAUUGCUGCUAGUAAGAUUGCACCUAAAUCAACCAUUUAUCGGAUCAUCAAGAACUUCAAGGAGAGAGGUUCAAUUGUUGUGAAGAAGGCUUCAGGGUGCCCAAGAAAGUCCAGCAAGCGCCAGGACCGUCUCCUAAAGUUGAUUCAGCUGCGGGAUCGGGGCACCACCAGUGCAGAGCUUUCUCAGGAAUGGCAGCAGGCAGGUGUGAGUGCAUCUGCACGCACAGUGAGGCAAAUACUUUUGGAGGAUGUGCUGGUGUCAAGAAGGGCAGCGAGGAAGCCACUUCUCUCCAGGAAAACCAUCAGGGACAGACUGAUAUUCUGCAAAAGGUACAGGGAUUGGACUACUGAGGACUGGGGUAAAGUCAUUUUCUCUGAUGAAUCCCCUUUCCGAUUGUUUGGGGCAUCCGGAAAAAAGCUUGUCCGGAGAAGUAAAGCAUCCUGAGACCAUUCAUGUGUGGGGUUGCUUCUCAGCCAAGGGAGUGGGCUCACUCACAAUUUUGCCUAAGAACACAGCCAUGAAUAAAGAAUGGUACCAACACAUCCUCGAGAGCAACUUCUCCCAACCAUCCAAGAACAGUCUGGUGACGAACAAUGCCUUUUGCAGCAUGAUGGAGCACCUUGCCAUAAGGCAAAAGUGAGAACUAAGUGGCUCGGGGAACAAAACAUCGACAUUUUGAGUCCAUGGCUAGGAAACUCCCCAGACCUUAAUCCCAUUGAGAACUUGUGGUCAAUCCGCAAGAGGCGAGUGUCAGAAUUUGUGGGUUUUUGUUUGUCCAAACUCCAAGCAUUGAUUAUGCAAGAAUGGGCUGCCAUCAGUCAGGAUGUGGCCCAGAAGUUAAUUGACAGCAUGCCAGGGCGGAUUGCAGAGGUCUUGAAAAAGAAGGGUCAACACCGCAAAUAUUGACUCUUUGCAUAAACUUAAUGUAAUUGUCAAUAAAAGCCUUUGACACUCAUGGAAUGCUUGUAAUUAUACUUCAGUAACCAUAGUAAUGUCUGACAAAAAUAUCUAAAAACACUGAAGCAGCAAACUUUGUGAAGACCAAUACUUGUGUCAUUCUCAGAACUUUUGACCACGACUGUACAUCCGGUCGCACACACACACACACACACACACACACACACACACACACACACACCUUACUGUAGAACAAAGACAGAUGGGCAGGAACGAACAUUGUAGCGUGUGAUGUAACCAGAGGUCAGGGGUGAAUCCUUACACACCUGUUACACAUCUGCUGUUUCAACAAGAUUUUUAACCCUCUGUCUUCCCUCCCUGUCAGAUUAUGAGGAGAUGCAAACCCAGUUCUCCUGGGACGACCAGGCCAUCAGAAGAAUCUUCAUCAGAAAGGUACUGAAACAGGGAGGAAUAACCUGAACUUAUAAGAAACACUCGUCCAAUUAGAAACACUCGUUUUCGUUUUCCGUUGCAAAACGUUUUGCCACUGUGUGCCCAAAUAAAUACGAUCCAGAUAAUAAUAUUACUGUAACUGAGCUACACUGACUUCUUUAAUCAUGUCACCCAUGCAUGAUCUAGCAUGAAGUAUAGUAUACUGAGGGUGUAUCUGUGCCGUCCCCUCUCAUUCCUCCUCUCUGUAUCCUUAUAGGUCUAUGCCAUCCUGAUGAUCCAACUCUUUGUGACUGUGGCCAUUGUUGCUGUCUUCACAUUCUGGUAUGCAUCAUAUCCAUUACAUUGUAAAUAUAUACAAAACAAGUGUGUGUGUGUGUGUGUGUGUGUGUGUGUACUCUACAUAGUGUAACACUCUCUCAUCUCUCCACAGUGCACCAGUGAGGUUUUACAUUCAGACACACCCCCACCUGUACAUGUGCUCCUAGUAAGUGACAACAAACAUCUUGAUUGACAUGCCCUCACUUUUCAUCAGAUGGUGAAUCCCAAACCAGCCCCUAGCCCCUACCAACUCGCUCGCAGGGGCCUCCAUUGUCACGUGUUGCUGGCGGAUCUUAUAGGGUGACUUCAAGUGGCAUGGGGACCAAAUAAACCCACCAACAACACUAGUGACUUGAAUGAUGCAAUUCAUGUUCCACAUUUAAAUAAUAAAACAAGCAUGAAAUACAAAUGAGAAAAUGUCCCCUGUCGCUUUACAAGAUAUAAACCUCAGUAGCAGUUAAACAUUUAAUUUGGGAGGUAUUUCAUAUGUUAUGUGUCAAGCCUCGUAAUCUGACAAACAUAUACAGGUGACUCAGAAUUAGGCACGCCUCUCCAUUCUUUUGUGUGAAAUUGCGCAAACUCAAAAAUAAUGCGAUGCGUUAUAUGUGAUACCACUUUGCUCUGAAGCCAGCAGCAUAGCUGACUCGGUCGAAGUGGCUAUAGAAUGGUCUAAUUGGGUUGUUCCACCAAUUCGGUGCCUUCUGAGAAGUGUAACUUGGUAAAAAAGAAAUUGAUUUCACCUGAUUUUAACAUUCUGUCAUAAAAAGCAUAUUUAACUUAAUCAAAAAACUAGUUUUCCCAUCUCAAAAGGGUUAAAUACAAAAAAACUAUAGUAAGUGCCUAUUAAGUGUCAAAUAAAAUAACAGGGUUGACCGUAACAGGGUUGAAGAUUUCAUAAAUCAGCCAUUAAUCCCCUUGUGACAGAGGGAAUGGAAGCUUGUUGUGUGGAACAGGGAGUGGCAAUUGAAUGCAAGCUUCACCAUUUUAUUUAUUUAUUUAUUUAUUGUUAAAACAUUUCUAGCCUGUCUAUCUAUGCUUAACAGGGUUGACAUGUUAUGCUCGACCCGCUCAGUCUUUCACCACAAAACACCAGCAAAUGGGCAAAAAUAGUAGAACCAGCUCACCUGCUUUUACACUAUGAUUUGACUAUUACAUGUUCAAUGUUUCUUUUGAAAAAAACUUAAAAGGGAAUAGUUUCACCAUAUUAAAACGAGAGUUCAGCUCAAGUAACAGGGUGGACAGACGUAAAUUAAUCACUAAUCACAUAAAAAAAGAAUCUUCAGAAAUUACUUUGUCAAAGCUACAAAAUAACUAGGGCUUUACAAUUAUGGUGAAAACUUGUAGACAUUUUGGAGUUAAAUUAAGCGGGUAAAAAUGUUCCUAGAAGUCACAGAGGGUGCACAGAGGAACAUGUCAAAAUGCAGAAUCUUGGCACUUCAGCAAGGUUUUAUUCAUUUACAAAUUAGAUUGAUUUCAUUAUCCAUGUGGUCUAUAUUAAAGGGCACUUCAUUUAAUAUAAUAGGCUUUCAAAACUCAAUAUUAGUACACAAUUUCUACUUAAAAUAUCAAAGCGAGGCAAAAGACACUCAUUUCGUGGAACGACCCAAUUAGCCCCUACACCCUCCAUAACUUUCACUCCCUCAGCUUUGGGACACUUGUGCAUACAGCGGAUGCGCGCGUGAACGUGCAAAUUGAGGGGUGAGGGGAAGGGGGUGUUUUGGAAUUCAGCCAUGUAAUUGUGUUAAUAAUGAACUGGUUUCUUUUUGCUUUUCGACAGCAUGAUGUUCUUGGCCACCUACAUCGCAUUGAACUGCUGUGGUGAACAAAUCAGGUAAUAGUUUCACUCCUAUGAAAAUUACAAUCUGGGUAGUACACAGCAUUUACAUCACAUCUUAACAGAUGGGCUGUUCAAUAAAUCAAAUAGUUAAAUUUAGUUUUAAUAUGCAUGAACACCAACACUUUACACAUGCAUUAAACAGUUAAAACACAUUAAUAAGGUAUUUAUAACAUCCUUCAUAGAUUAUGGUUGUGAUCAUCCAUAGUAAAUGGUAGGCAUGCAAUGAUGGUAGAAUGAUAAAAUGCAAUAUUAUAGUGAAUUUAACAACCUGAAUUCUCUUUAUCUCUAUAACAGGAGGCAGUUUCCCUGGAACCUCAUUCUGCUGGCUCUCUUUGUGAGUAUAAUGAGAAACAAAUAUUAGACAAAUUCAAGAGAAUAGCAUGUACCCAAUACUCUCCCUUCCCGUCUGUCUGUGCACCUCAUUGACUCUGCUCUAUACCUAUCUCUGUUCUGUCUGCAUGCCUUCCUCUCUCCUGCUCCCAGACUCUCAGCCUGGCCUGCAUGAUGGGCUUUGUGUCCAGGUAAAUGACUAACUAAUGUGUUUCAUGUGUGGGUAGGGUUGAUUUGGGGACUCAAAUGUUGACAUAGGUGGGGCUAGGAGUUUUUCCUGACCAGGUCACAUGAACCGAUCAAACUCCUGGCCCAAUUAGAAACAUAUGUUGAAAUAAAUUAUGUAUGAAAAUAAGAAUGAAUUAACACAUCUAUCAACAUCUACAUGGAUGGGGAGGAUGACUACAUUUGACAUUUUAGUCAUUUAGCAGACACUUUUAUCCAGAGCGACUUAGUGUAUUCAUUUUAAGAUAUCUAGGUGAGACAACCACAUAUCACAGUCAUAGUACUUACAUUUUUCCUCAUUUAAAGUAGUUAUCAGCAAAGUCAGUGCAAGUAGGAAAAGACAAGCAAGUGUUAUUUCUUUAUUACUAAUUAAUUCAUGUCUGUCUCUACUCUCCAGCUUCUACAACACCAAGUCUGUGGUCCUUUGUCUGGGCAUCACUGCUGUGGUGUGUAUGUCUGUCACCAUCUUCAGCUUCCAGACCAAGGUGAGAAAAAUGACCCAAUCUUCAUAACAUUGUUUUCUUUUGAAGAAAUUAAACCAUGUUGAUCAUGAGUGCAUUUUAACAACACACCAUUAUUCUCUCUCCCUUGUUUCUUACUGUAGAUUGACUUCACCUCCUACCAGGGAGUCCUGUUUGUCCUAACCAUGGUCAUGCUGUACUGUUGCAUCAUACUCUCCAUCGUCAUCCCUUUUGGAUAUGUAAGUAGCCUGUCUUGUCUGCUUAGCUUCCAUCAGCUUAUAUUACAGUUGACACUUUACAUAAGCAGAACUAGGUAUUGAUGGUGUAAUGGCCGUGCGUACCUUUCCAAACCGCGAUAAGAAUAGUUGUGACUCUGACAGUGAGUUUAUAUAUAGAGUGACGGUAAGGCUUUUGGCCCUCGCUCACCCUAUUUGGGUGGGUAGCAUACUAGCAUGAAUAAGAAGGAUUAGCUGAAGGGUUUUCAGUUAAUCUCAUAGAUGAUCUGGAAAAGCCCCAGUGUCUUUCCUAAAUUAGUGGCCUGUAUCUUCUUAGCGCUGUUCAAUAACAUUCUUACCCCCCCAGGUUCCCUGGUUACAAGCCAUCUACGCUGUUAUAGGAGCUAUCCUCUUCACCCUGGUGAGUGGCAGAUAUUCAACACACAUUCAUCAUUGGGAAGGCCCAGAGUUUUUCCUCAUCAAGGUUAUGUGGUCAGGACAAACUCUUGGCCCUAAUCAUUUGGUUACAGUCUGUAGCGAAUUGGUGUAUGUGACAAUAAAACAUAAUUAUUUUAUUAUUUUACUUCUCUCUCUCUUUCUCUUAGUUCCUGGCGUUUGACACCCAGCUGCUGAUAGGUAACAAGCGCUACACCAUGAGUCCAGAGGAGUACGUCUUUGCCACCCUGAACCUCUACCUGGACAUUAUAUACCUGUUCAGCUUCCUACUGUCGUGUUUUGGAGGGAGCCGUGACUAACUCUUCUAUCUAUCUGUCUAACCGUCUGUCUCUCAAUCUGUCUAUUUCUCAUUUGGACCACAUGGGAGUGUUCUCUUUACACUCAGCUCAAUCUCCCUCAACCUUAGAACUUAAGAGCUUCUUUCAUUUCGGUCUUCUUCUCAAACGACCCUGGCUCUUCUGUGAUCAAUAAAAGAGGAUACGUCUCAUGUCGUGACAGACUGUUUACCAUUCAAUUGAGUAGCUGGGAAGCGAGCACACAAGAUUCGGUUCUAGGUGCCAAGAUUACCUGUACCUCACCUUACUUUAUUUAUGCUGAGCUAAUACCUGGCCCUUACUUAAAGAGCUCUUAAAUAGUGUAUCUUCUGUUCUGUUUUAUGUCAUUUUUUAUGUUUAUGAAAGCAAAUAAAGAUAAACAGCAUUAAGGGGCUCUUUUCAAUCUGGAUCGCUGAAGCGUUACAAAUUGCGCAAUAUACAUUUUAAAGUAAUUUCCGAUUGAGCCG